AUGUUCUGCGUCAUGAGAUGGAAGAAAGCAUUCGGAGAGUCCUCGUCCCUUACCGACUACGUAUUAGCAGGCUCUAUUUUGUUUAGAUACCUCCUUGUGAUGUUGCUUAUCAUUCUUUAUUCCAUCAUCAUCAUCAAGCUCAAGACACAGCAACACCCAGGUGAACAGUCCGCGAACACUCAGCAACAGAGAAACAGACGAAACAGAAACGUGCUUCAAUUGUCCAUUGCUAUCGUGUUAGUUUUUGUGUUUUGCUGGUUACCUAUUGCUACUAACAUUUUAAUCAUAGAGUAUCGAGCCAGUUCCAUACAUUUUUCCUGUAGUUUUUGGCUAUACUAUUAUGUCACCUACUACAUGGCGGUCGGGUACUGUGCUAUCAACCCCAUUAUUUGCUUUGUUUUUAGCAGUAAUUACCGAGAGGGUCUUAAAAGACUCAUUAACUGUUGUUAACUGUUAUGUUGUACAGGCGUAAGUCGCAAAAAUUUGCUUGUGAAUGAAUGUUAAGAGUAGGAGGUUCGUGGAACACUUUACCACUGUUCUUAACUUUUGCACAGGCGAAAGUUGCAAAAGUUUGCUUGUGAAUGAAUAAUAUAUGUUAAGAGUUCGAGGUUCAUGGAACACUUGCAAAUGAAAACUAAUGUAUCCUGCUAGUGUACUAUAAGGAGGUUAGUAAAAUGUUUUCAUUAUAUGCAUGUCUGUCCUGACUUCGAAAAAUGACGGCAUGUUUGGCACAGCAGUAACUUAAGUGUUUGUAUGGCAAAGGGCUUAGAAUAAAUAAAUAAAUAAAUAUACUUAUCUGAUGUUGAUUUCUUUUUCUUCUGAUAUGUUUCAGCGCGAUUUGAGCGGCGGUACUUGGCAGGGGAUGGGGAGGGGAAGUACUCCUAGAAAUUCUUGGUGGGAGUGUGCCGCACAAUUCUCCAAAUCGUAACCUUUUUUCAGACCAAAAAAUUUCAUUUUUCACAUCCAUUUUCAGACCUGGCAUCUAAGAAAUUAUGUCAUCAUUUCUUAGAUUCAACGCCAACAAAAGAGAUUUCUUAUUUGCAUAAUUAUUUCUCUUUUUUUCUUAUACAUUUGGAAUUGGAACGAUAAAUACCUUCAUACACUCCCCCAGUUUCCUCAAAAACCAUACCCGAUUCCAGACCAAAAUGCAUGGGCAAAGUGUGUACCCAUUUUCAGACCAAUACGCGUACGGCGCAAACAUCAUACCCUUUGGCGCGGCACAUACCUUUAUGACUUACAUAAAGGAUUAUAACCAGGGUGGCGGUGGCAUCAUGCGAUCUCAAAUGCAGCCGUCGCAACACUGAGAUGGAUUGCAGAAAAUCGCCAACUAGGCAACAAACUAAUGCUCCCAAAUUUAUUAAGCGAAAAACCUGUUCCAUAUAUACACUUUCCUCACUAAAAUCACAAAGCGAUACCUCAAGAUGACACUUCUGCAAUCCAUUUCAAUCAACUUUGAGUUUGAAUGCAUUCGAAAUAUCGAACACUCUUACAUCCUCAAAAACAGCUCAUUCUCUCUCGCCUCCGCAGAGGCCUCUUUGUAUCGUAGGGAGGCUGGAGAAAGGAAACAGAAAGCGCGGGGGGACAAUGGGAAGGGGAAAGAGGAGAAGCGAGGUUUUUCCCUCUUCCCAUCGUCCCCCGCGCGCUUUCUAUUUUUCCGUUAUUGCUAUUUUUAUUAGGAUACCCAGCGGGAGCCUCUGCGGAGAAGAGAGGUUUAUUCUCUCUCGCAAAAGCUUUAAAUUUUGUCUUUAAGGCCCAGUUCAGACGCCGAACUUUUUAUGAGCCGAACCUUAUUCAAAUUAAGGCCGACCCAAACAAAAACAACAACAAUUUUAUUCUUUGUAGGCGCAAGAAGUUGAAAGGCUGCCCUGCAAAUAGUUGGAAAGCUAGUCGGGCCGGGGCAAGCCAAGUACAUGAAUAACAUAUCUACUAAAAACAAAAACAAAACAUUAAACUAUAAUUACAGUCAUACUAGAUAGUUUUAAGAGAAGUGGGUUGUAGAUAAGGGGAGAAUUCGUCAUGUAAGAUCGGAGCACACAAAACACAGCUUACUGCACACGUCUCGACCCAAAUCAUUUAGACCGGCUGAAUUGAUUGUGACGCCGAACUUAAUUCUAGCCGAACAAAUUUCAAAAGGCAAAACUCCCGGCUAAACAAAUAGAUUUAGGUAAAAGGAGCUGGUGAAAGAAGGCUAAGCAAUAGAUCGUAAGAAUCUAUUAUUUAUUUCAAACUUAACCGUGUUCAGCUGGAUGAUUCCUAGUUUCGACGAUUAUCUGUCUAAUGCCCGCGCCAGCCUUUUAUCGGCACAUGAUGGCCUUAGCACUUUUUGUAAGUCGUAAAGCUUUGUUAUUGCUGCGUGAUUAUCUGUGGUGGUAAAAAGUUCUUGGUAGUAAGUUAUGAGGACACAUCUACCAAGUUUUCCGGAUGCUAAAUAAACGGUACGCUAUUUCCGAGUAUGAAAGGAAUACACUCACACUCUUUGUAUGACUAAUUUCCGUUUUACUGAUGCCGAACGUGUACGUAUAGUACUGACUGGGGUGACUACUAACGGAGGCAAAAACUUCCGCAAACAUUUUAUCUUUUUUUACAUUAAAAGGCUUUACAAGCCGUACUCUAACAUUACCAGUUACCUUCGUCAUAAACUUUCAGCAGUAACAAAACAAUUAAACAAUUUUUUUUUCAGUUUGGGAAGACGCCAAUUUGAAUGUGCAUUACCUAUGCAUGAUUAAAAAGGAGCCGCUAAUUUCUAGAGUGCGCAAGGAAUGGCAAAAUUGCCAUCUUCUAAGCGGCGUCAAACUUACAACUCUUGGCUACAAUAUUUUGAAUCAAAGAUUCAGUCGCUUCAGUUCAGCUAAACUUUUUAAUUGAUUUUAAACGUAUUGGGGGCUCAAUUUUUAUUAAAAGGACGAGUCACUCCUUUUUUUCAUGGUAACAAACUGUUAAACAAGCCGAACCGUCAAAGUAAGGCAACAGGUUCUGCGAAGAAAACAAUUCUUAAAAAUUAAAAACACCGAUAGAGAUUUUACCUCUACCCCGAGGUUUAACUUAAAUUUUGUAUUAAUUAUAUUUUUAAAAUUGUGGUUUUCUUUGGGCACUUACGCGUUUCAAUUCUACCGUUGCGAAUGCGUUCCAUUUCAGUAAUUACCCUCGACAAGGUGUUGAACUAAACUGCCUUUUAAACAAAAAAGGUUUAACCGUUAUUGCCCCAAAGACACGCUUUUUUUUCUAAUUGUUUUUGUUGCUUGAUAAAUUUUGACUACCUGUUGUGUUGUUUCUUCUUUCCUUUGUGGCUCCCAAGCUGUCUAAAUGACUAUUUUACGCGUUUUAUUGCAACCGGUUUGUUUCCUCUUCAUUAGAAGUAAUCUUUAUUCCUGUCCACCAGAGAAUGUUAAAAGUCAGGCCUACGUCACCCUCGUUCGUCCUUGUCUGGAAUACGCCUGAAGCGUAUGGGAACCACAUACUCAAAAGCAUUGCCAAGAUGUUGAAGGAGUACAACGGCAAGCCCGCCAGAUUUGUAAAAAAAAAAAGUGCUACGAACGGGAACCGGGUACAGUCAAAAAUCUCCUGUGCCCAGUUGUUCGAACGCCGGCUAGCGCUAACCCAGGGUUAAAUUUUAACCUGAGUUUCUUUUUCUUUUUAUCAAAAACACUCUCUCCGGAUAAUUUUCUCUUUUCUUUUAAGAGUAUCCAAUCAUCAAAUUGUACGCAAAGACAGUUAAACUGAAUUUGCUUUUUAAGCUCUCAUAUCUGAGUUCAAAUUUCGCACAAACCCUGGGUUAUCUUAACCCAGCUUCGAACAACCCGGCCCGGAACGAUUUGAACUGGCAUUCACCAGAGCUGAGACGCAAAAUUGCACGACUUACCACCAUGUACAAAAUAGUGAACAAUAUAAUUAGGGUCAAUAUUCCGGAGUACAUUGCACGCCCACCGCGUGUUACACGCUCUUGCCAUAGCAGCAAGUUUAGAAACAUUUUAAUAACAGCAAUAUGUACAUAAGUACAAUUUUUUUACUAGAACUCUAAAAGAAUGGAACACUUUCCUUGUUAUUAGAUCAGCCCUUCGUGGACGCAUUUAAAUCUGCUGUUAUAAUUACUGAAUCUUUCUCAUUGAUUUUAUACAUCAGUGAUUUUAUACAUAAUUUUAUUUUAUUAUUUAUUUAUUUAUUUAUUAGUAUAUAUUAUUAUUAUCGUUGUUUUUUUGUUUUGCACAUUCACAGUGAUGGGAAAAAAAUAGAAAAGCGCUCUACCGACUGAGCCAAUCCUGCUACGAUACCUUCCUCACUGUAAAAUGUCAUUUUUGGGUGUAAGAGUUUCAGGAUAUCAAUUGAGUUGUCCUAUUUCACCUGCCCGAAACCGUUACGUUGUAUCAAAUACUUGUUAUCUUUUUACAAAAAGCCCAAUAAAAGCAUCGCCAGUUUAAAAUACUUUUAUUGUUUUUUAUUGACAUUUUGUCGCCGGUUAAAUUUUCACUGCCCCUUUUUUAAUCUCAAAAUUGUUUGUUUUAUAGACGUAUAGCCGAAGAUUAAAUUUGCAACGCCUGUAAAUUAAAACCUGUUUGCUCCAGUAGUUUUGAAUACGUGUCGUUUCAGUUUGCUCCCUUUCAAGAUAGUUAUUAAUACAAUAGAAUUCGAACCUUCCAUGGUUUUGCGAAAAUCUGUCGAAAUGCAGAAAAAGAGCGCCUUAGAAUAAGUACAGAUGCCUUUGGGAGCGUUUUUUUUUAACUGAACUCAGGAUGUGUUUAAUGAACUUCCGUCUUUUUAAUGAACCCGCAAAACAAUAAAACAACCUUUCAAGUGAGUUGUUAAUACACUAAGAAUCACCUGACCGGAAGAGGAAAGUUGUUUAGGAUUAUCAGUAACAAUAUGAAUUCAAUACUGGUUCUACAAAGUUCGAUUAACAACGUCGCGUCGACUGUCCGUGGCGUCAUACAUAAUCAGCUCAGCAUGAAAGAUGGGCUCUAUAAUUUAUAAGCCUUAUAGCAGCUACUUAACUGAAUGCCAAGGAGAUAAUUGCGACAUAGAGUCGGACUAUUCCAGUCAUGCGCUUGAGGUGCUUAUGACGUUUUUCAAUCUGACCGUCUGAACACAGAAAGCUAAGAGAGCGAAGAGAUUUUACAGUUUACAAUAUUUGUUACUAAGGCUGACUUGAACAGAAUAACAGACAAAUGAACUGUUGGCUAUUUGAGUGUCCAUGUAUUUAGCACGAAAGUAUUAAUUGAGGACACCAUUUGUACGUCUCAAACUGGAGAUGGGACGUUCAUUUUAUGUGGUAAUCUAAGCCACGUAAAGGUCAAGCCAUUUGCAGCAGGGCAAAGGCAAUUUCUUCAUUUCUCAGCCAUAUCAAGACCGGGCUACUGGUCCGGCCCCGGGAAUCAAACUUGCGACCUCCCGCUCAAGCUGUCAAGCGCCUUUCCGACUGAGUAGCCUGCUAGCAAGCUCUCCUGGCCGUUCUAGACCUAAGAGCGCCCCAGAACGCUUGCUAGAGGGUUUCGAUGACGUGGUAGACGGUUGAUUAAUUUUUUCCAAUUUUGAAGGUUGACGGUUAAAAUUUAGAGCUUUUGACAGUUGACAGUUAUUAAUUUAAAAAAUGGAAAUUUAGUUUACAUUUAAAGUAAAUAUGUGUGAACUGAUAUAACUGUUUUGUUUUCGAGGUUUUCUUGGCGUUUUACUCUUACAAUUUGGAAAUGUUUUCAGAUAUUUAGGUUGUUAAAGGUCAAACUUAUAAUGCCUAAAAACGUGUUUCCAGAACAUGGGAACUGGUUUUUCCUGUUUAGAGAUUCCGUCUUCAGGAGCUAGAAUCCCGUGCAUUUUUGACGGUAAAAAAAAAACCUUUCAGUGUUUGACCGUUGACGGUUAAUUUUUAGUCUGUUUGACGGAUGACAGCUAACCUCAAUAAGACCCGCUGGCUAGCAGGCUACCGACUGAGCACCCUGCCGCAGUUACCUUCACCCUUGUCUGCUCUUGAUAAUUAACGGGGUCCUGUAACUUAGUAGAGUUGUAGGAUAUCACUUGAUUUGUCCUAUUUCACCUGCUUGAAACCAUUACUCGCACCAAACACUUGUUACAAUUUUACAAAAAAAGGCCCCAGUAAAAGCAUCCCCAGUUUUAAAUGCUUUUAUAGAAAUCGUGUCCCUGGUUAACUUCCCCCUUUUUAAUCUCAAAAUUGCUUAGUAUAUUUUAACCGAAGAUUAAAUUUGACAACCUGUAAAUUUAAAACAAUGCUUUUGAACACGUAUCGUUUCUGUUUGCCCCCUUGCAAAGUUAUUAAUAAAAAGAACGCCCUAAAAUAAGUAAAUAUGCCUGAACUUAAGAUCUGUUUAUUAAACUACCGUGUCUUUAUUGAACUCAUAAAGAAGAAAAACUGUUAAAAAAAUUAGCCAUUUCCUUUCUCUCACAUUGUGCCUAGCUUAGAACAAAUAUAUUAACAUGGGAUCAGUUUUGUUGCCUUUCUCGGUGUGUUCUUAAACAGAACUCAGGAGGUUUUUAAUGAACCUUAUAAGAAAAAACCAGCUCUCCUUCAAGUGAGUUAUAUAAGAACUCCCCAGUUUCAAUUAGGUUUUUUGAAUUCAUGUUGUUACUGAAUGAUUCUACAAAGUUCUAUCUACAAAGUUCGACAACUUCGCGUCCGGCAUACACAAUCAGCUCAGCAUGAAAGAUAAGCUCUAAAACUUAAUGGUUUUUAUUGACGCCUACCGUGGCAAGGCUUCGCAGGUGGCAUGAAAUUUUUAAUAAAAGUUCCUGAUCGGUUAACAUUUGCAAUAUUGAGCAGUUGAUAUUAUUGAAGCCUACUGUAACUGAAUGCUGUCUUGCUGUAAAGAGGUCAGCAAACAUGAACUCGACAACAGGGAAUGGAUCGAUCGAGAAUUCAAGUUGCUUUAGUGCAACAGCGAGAAAAAUUGGAUUGACCAUUGCUUUGAGUCUGAUCCUUGCUGUUUCGCUGAUGGCAAAUUCUUUCAUUGUAUUGAUCGUUUAUAAAGCGCCAACCCUAAGAAAACCGAUAAAUUAUUUCGUCGCAAACAUGGCCAUGUCCGAUCUGCUGUUUCCAAUAUUCUGGAUCCCCUAUAACCUGUCAAAGUUGCACACAAACUCGUUACCCAUCGGUGGUCAGUUUCAUGGCCAGGCCUGGUGUAAGCUUGUCCCUUUCUUUGGUAACGUUUCCAUGAAUGUUUCGGUUCAGAAUCUGGUUCUGAUAGCGGUGGAUCGAUUUGGAGCAGUCGUAUUUUCACUCCGUUCCCCAAUCAUCACAUCCAAGCUGUGUGCGUUCUUCAUUUCCGCCUCGUGGAUAGUCGCCGCCGCUGUCAAUUCGCCCAGUUUGUUCGCCAACGAACUCGUUGAAUACUCAGGGCAAAGGUUGUGCGCCGUUAGAUGGAAGAAAACAUUCGGAGAGUCCUCGUCCCUUGCCGAUUAUCUGUUAGUAUACUGUAUUCUGAUUAUAUUCAUUCCUGUGAUGUUAUUAGUCCUUCUUUACUCCAUCAUCCUUAUCAAGCUCAAGACACAGGUACACCC